AUGGUCUCCCCCAACUUGCUCUUCUUUGCACUUGCUGGCGUCGCGCACGCCGCCUCACCGCACUCGCGGCGCAUGUCUCAUACUUCCUCCCUUUCCCGCCGACAGUGCCAGGCGACACUCGAUACGGCGACGGAUGUCGCCACUCAGCUCCAGACGCGCUACGACGCUAGCAGUGGCCAGUAUAGUAAUGGAGAGCUGUGGACGGAUGCGAAUGCGGUCGAAGACCUCCAUAACUUGAUGCUUGGCGCUGGGACGACAACGUGGGGGAGCGUUGGUGACACCUCAACUAUCGGGAAAGCAGCACAGAACCCGUCUACAAACUGGGCCGAUAUAGUACAGGGAAGCUGGGAUGAUAGCCAGUGGAUCAUCUUAGCUCUUUGGAAGAUUGCUGAUUAUCGUGCGGCUCAUGGCCAAGACACGACCCCUUUCAUGAAUGCGGCAGGUCAGAUCUACGACCUUGUCGCCGGCCAGUGGGAUGACACGUGUGGUGGCGGCGUCUGGUGGUCGUCCGCGAAGACGUAUAAGAACGCGAUCACGAAUGAGCUGUUUUUGCUCACUUCAGCUCAGGGAUACUCGAGGACGAAUGACGGGAAGUACCUCCAGAACGCGAAGAACGUUUGGGCUUGGCUCGAAGGAUCUGGUAUGCGUAACUCGGACGGACUGUGGAACGACGGACUUGUUCUGGCCACCUGCAAGAACAAUGCGGAGACUACUUGGACGUACAACCAGGGCGUCAUCGCUUCCGGUUUAGCUAGUCUCUAUGCCAUUACGAAGAAUGCUACCCUUCUCGACCAGGCAGAAGUUACUCUCGAUGCAACUGUCGCGCACCUGGCAGACAACGGGAUUCUCAAGGAAUCUUGUGAUGAUGACGCGUCACAGCCCUGCAACCAAGAUCAGCAAAUCUUCAAGGGCAUCUGGACGAAACACGUUCAGUACUAUCUCGACCAGGCAAAUGACUCAAAGCGAACGGCCAAGUACUCGAGCUUUCUUGGCGUGCAAUCAUCGGGUGCUUUCCAUAACGGCAAGAACGCGGCAAACGACGUCGGUUCGGUUUGGUAUGCACCAAACCAAGGAGGUUCGAUGUUCACGGCUCAGGCCACUACGAGCGGUCUAGCUUGCUUCAUCUCGGCGGCAAAGUACGGCCCAUGCUAG